GUUUGGAAUAAACUGUAGAAGCAAAAUAUCCAUAUAUUUUGGUGAGAGGAGAAAUAUUCUUCGAUUGAUUUUAUUUUUUCUGAAGUGAUGACGGAAGAAUUAGGACAAUCCUCACAUGACUUCUCAGAAGAAAGUAAAUUCAAUGAACACAAACGAAUUCAUACAGGGGAGAAACUUUAUCCCUGUGAUAUCUGUGGGAAAGUAUUCUCUCAAAGUAAAUGUUUAACUAGACAUAAACGUAUUCAUACAGAAGAGAAACGACAUCACUGUGAUAUCUGUGGUAAAUCAUUCUCUCAAAACACUACCCUAACUACGCACAAACGGGUUCAUACCGGGGAGAAACCUUAUCACUGUGAUAUCUGUGGUAAAUCAUUCUCUGAUGGCAGUAGCUUUACCAAACACAAGCGUAUUCAUACUGGUGAGAAACGACAUCACUGUGACAUCUGUGGUAAAUCAUUCUCUUCUGCAAGAAACUUGAUUGCACACGAGCAUAUUCAUACAGGGGAGAAACCAUAUCAAUGUGAUAUCUGUGGUAAAUCUUUCCCUGAAAUCUAUGGCUUAACUAAACACAAACGUAUUCAUACAGGAGAGAAACCUUAUCAUUGUGAUAUCUGUGGUAAAUCUUUCUCUGAUGGAAGUAGCUUAACGAAACACAAACGUAUUCAUACUGGUGAGAAACCAUAUCACUGUGAUAUCUGUGGUAAAUCUUUCUCUAUAAAUCACUAUUUAACCCAACACAAACGGGUUCAUACAGGGGAGAAACCUUUUCACUGUGAUAUCUGUGGUAAAUCAUUCUCUCAAAACACUGCCCUAACUACACACAAACAGGUUCAUACAGGGGAGAACCCAUAUCACUGUGAUAUCUGUGGUGAAUCAUUCUCUGAUGGCAGUAACUUAAAUGAACACAUACAUACUCAUACAAGUUAGAAAAUCAUAAUUUAACUAAACACAAGCAUAUUCAUAUUGAAAUCAUUGCUGAUUUAAACACAAGUGCAUUCCUUAUCAAUUGGAUUCGUAGCAUAGUAAUAAUUUUUUCACUACAAUCAUCAUCAUCAUCAUCACCAUCAUCAUUGAACAUCCACUUUUCCAUGCUUCUAUGGAUCACAUAGAAUUCAUUGAUGGAGAUUCUCUGCAGCUGGAUGCCUGCCUUUCUUGUCACCAAUCCUCACUUGUUUCCAAGCAAGGAAAUAUUUUCCAUGGUGAGACAUAUUUUCUGCAAAAGACUUGAAAUGAACAACUGCAUUUGUAUGAGAAAGGUGGUCAUUUACUAGUAUCGUGUGAUAUCCAGUGAAGGGUACACACACAGACACACAUCUAUAAAUAUAUACAUAUUUAAAAAGCAUCCAUUAUGCUCUUGGAGUGGUUGGCAUUAGGAAGAGCAUCCAGCCAUAUACACACUGCCAAAUCAGAGUGCAACUUCGUGCAGUUCUGUGGCUUGCCAAUUCCAGUCGAACUGUCUAACCCAUGCCAGCAUGGAAAGUAAACAAUAAAUGGUGACGUAUGUAUGAAUAAUUUCUAAUGGGAGAUAUCUGACUUGUUUCCCUUCCUCUCUAUAUAAAAUUUUGUAAUUCCUGUUAGCAAAUGAAACACAUGUAAUGAUGAAUAAAUAAUACCAAAAACUUUUUUCAAUCUCCUCUUGUGUUAUAUACUUACUCUGCAAAACUAUUUUUCCAGUAUUUAUCAAUUCUUAAGACAUACCUGACUCAAGUAUAACAUCUAAUGUACAACUUUGGAGUAGUGGAGUCAGCAUGUAUACUUCAAGAUGACACAAUUUAGAUUAUA